AUGCCUCUCCGUUCAUCCCAUGCCUCUCCGUCCAUCCCAUGCCUCUCCGUUCAUCCCAUGCCUCUCCGUUCAUCCCAUGCCUCUCCGUUCAUCCCAUGCCUCUCCGUUCAUCCCAUGCCUCUCCGUUCAUCCCAUGCCUCUCCCUCCCAACCAGGCGCGCCUCCUGAGCCAGGCAGCAGUGCAUGUGCAACAUCUCAAGGAUGCCUGCCGCACCCUCACAGCACGCAGCCACACACCCACCACUGUGCCGCACCUGCCACCAACAAGCAGCGCUGCCACAGCAUCGGCAGAGGAGGGACGUGGGGAGUGGAGGGGGUGGCAUUCUGUGGGCGGGUGGAGGAGGCGAAGCUGCUGGCAUUGGAAGGGCAGCAGGACAUGGCCGUGCGCCUGCUGCAGCACCUGCUGCGCCCAGACCUGCCACCGCACGCUUCCCAGGGGUCUGCUUCACCUUCUGCCGCCUCUGCUGCUGUUACCACUGCUGCUGUUACCACUGUUGCUGCUGCAUGUGUACCAGUGUCUGACCGCAUCUACACGCUCGGCUUGGCGGCCAAGUGGCUUGGGGAGACGCGCUCUAUAAGCUCGCGGGUGGUACUGAAUGACUACCUGUGGCGCGCAGUGGACCUCACAACCCACCCGCCCACUGCCUCACACUCCGCCUCGCCCUCUGCUGCUGCUGCUGCUGCCACUGCACCCCCAAGCUAUGCCUCCCUUCCGUUCGCCAAUAACUGGCACCAGCAGAAACAGGAGCGGCAGUGGAAGCAGCAGCAGCAGCAGCAAGGGGGAUAUGGUGGGCAGCAGGGGGGUGAGAGGGAGCAGGGGGGACAGGAGGGGGAGCAAGGCCAGUGGCAGCAGCGGCGGCAGUGGGGAGAGGUGCAUUUUCAAAUGGCGCGCUACGUGGAUGGGCUGUUUGUGGUGCUGCAUACUCGCCUGCACUCGCAGCAGUGGCGUGCGGCACAGGAUCUGACGACCCACAAGACGCACGGCACGGGAAGUGCACACAAGACGCACGGCACGGGAAGUGCACACAAGACGCACGGCACGGGAAGUGCACACAAGACGCACGGCACGGGAAAUGCACACAAGACGCACGGCACGGGAAGUGCACACAAGACGCACGGCACGGGAAGUGCACACAAGACGCACGGCACGGGAAGUGCACACAAGACGCACGGCACGGGAAGUGCACACAAGACGCACGGCACGGGAAGUGCACACAAGACGCACGGCACGGGAAGUGCACACAAGACGCACGGCACGGGAAGUGCACACAAGACGCACGGCACGGGAAGUGCACACAAGACGCACGGCACGGGAAGUGCACACAAGACGCACGGCACGGGAAGUGCACACAAGACGCACGGCACGGGAAGUGCACACAAGACGCACGGCACGGGAAGUGCACACAAGACGCACGGCACGGGAAGUGCACACAAGACGCACGGCACGGGAAGUGCACACAAGACGCACGGCACGGGAAGUGCACACAAGACGCACGGCACGGGAAGUGCACACAAGACGCACGGCACGGGAAGUGCACACAAGACGCACGGCACGGGAAGUGCACACAAGACGCACGGCACGGGAAGUGCACACAAGACGCACGGCACGGGAAGUGCACACAAGACGCACGGCACGGGAAGUGCACACAAGACGCACGGCACGGGAAGUGCACACAAGACGCACGGCACGGGAAGUGCACACAAGACGCACGGCACGGGAAGUGCACACAAGACGCACGGCACGGGAAGUGCACACAAGACGCACGGCACGGGAAGUGCACACAAGACGCACGGCACGGGAAGUGCACACAAGACGCACGGCACGGGAAGUGCACACAAGACGCACGGCACGGGAAGUGCACACAAGACGCACGGCACGGGAAGUGCACACAAGACGCACGGCACGGGAAGUGCACACAAGACGCACGGCACGGGAAGUGCACACAAGACGCACGGCACGGGAAGUGCACACAAGACGCACGGCACGGGAAGUGCACACAAGACGCACGGCACGGGAAGUGCACACAAGACGCACGGCACGGGAAGUGCACACAAGACGCACGGCACGGGAAGUGCACACAAGACGCACGGCACGGGAAGUGCACACAAGACGCACGGCACGGGAAGUGCACACAAGACGCACGGCACGGGAAGUGCACACAAGACGCACGGCACGGGAAGUGCACACAAGACGCACGGCACGGGAAGUGCACACAAGACGCACGGCACGGGAAGUGCACACAAGACGCACGGCACGGGAAGUGCACACAAGACGCACGGCACGGGAAGUGCACACAAGACGCACGGCACGGGAAGUGCACACAAGACGCACGGCAACGGGAAGUGCACACAAGACUGCACGGCACGGGAAGAGGACGAGAGGCGGGUGUACGGGAUGAAGAUGAUGGAGCUACAGAAGCAGCUGAGCAUGGACGACCAGGAGGCCAACGACCUGCAGGGAGAGCAUGACAUGUACCUACGUGCUGCUCUCGAGAACUACAGGAACUGCCUUCUGGCGGCCGACACGUUCAACAUCAAAGGGGUAACUGUUGAAGUGGUGUUUCGCCUGACAGCGCUCUGGUUCACGCUGCUCAACGAUGCCACGGCUGACGCAGUCAAUGCGGAGAUGCUCACAACCAUCCAGACGGUGCCGUCAUACAAGUUCCUGCCACUCGUCUACCAGAUGGCAUCACGCAUGAGCGAGCGAGACCCCCACGGCUCACCGCCGCUCCACCCUGAGACACCCGACUUCCAGUCAGUGCUGACAACGCUCGUCAAGCGAAUGGCGGACGACCAUCCCCUGCACACAUUGCCUGUGCUCAUGGCGCUGGCCAAUGGCAACAGGGUGCGUAGCAGCCAGCGCGGGCGCAACCUCUUUGUCGUGGAUGAGGACAAGAUCCGGGCGGCAAAGGCUGUCCUGGGCGGCAUGGCUGAGCGGCACAAGCCCAUGCUGGAUGAGGACUGUGUGGUGCAGCUGCUUCAUGCAGCUACUGGUGAAGAGAAGAGCCAAGCCCACCAUUCCUCUUUCAUCUUGCUUCCCGCCCAUCCUCGCCCUACCUGCCUGUCUGCCAGCCAAACCGCCCCUUCUAUCUUCCCCCAGAAUUCACCAGCUGAUGGAUAUGUGGAUAUGGAAUGCCGCCCUCAUUCGUCCUGUGGUGUGCCCCCACAUCUCCCCAAUGCGCCAUCUUCGCUCAACCCGCUUGCCUGCCAACCAAACCCCCCCUUCCUUUGUAUGUCCCCACAGAUGCAGCAGCUGAUGGAUCUGUACAUCCGCCUAGCGGAGAUGGAGUCCAGCAAGGAGGUGGGAUCUCAUGCGUUCAAAGCAGCUACCGAGAAACUUCCGCAGCGUCAGGGACCUCUUGCGGGUGCCGGUGCUCACAGCCUCGGUGCCUGUGGAGUUCUGAGGCUCCUCAAAAACCAUCUCCUCCUGUCCUCACCGCACGCACGUGAGGCCCCCUCUCCUCCUGCUGCCUGCCCCCAGGUUCCCGUGCUCACAGCCUCGGUGCCUGUGGACCGAACCUGCUGCUAUGCCCCGGGCUCCUUCCCUGCCUUCUGCGGACUCAAGGACAGCAUGCGGUGA